UAGCGUCGUGCAUUGUGGGAGCGGAUUGAGAAACAUGGCGGCGCGCAUCGUUGUCCGGUGUGUCCGAGCACUAAACCACCGUUCUGUAUGUUUUAACCGUGUCACUGCUGCCUCGACAUUAACAGCAGCUCCACUCACCCAAGGACGAACAUUUUCAGGGCUGACUACUGGACACAAGUCUCUGCCGGCGCAGCUCUCCGGCAGUUCACUUCAGGUUUAUCAGUGGAGGAAGUAUGGUGGCUUGCCCCCAUUAACCCUAGAGAGUGUCCAGGACCGUGUCCUCUACGUCCUGAAGCUCUACGACAAGGUCGACCCUGAAAAGCUUCAGGUUACAUCUCAUUUCAUGAAGGAUUUGGGAUUGGACAGUUUAGACCAGGUGGAGAUCAUCAUGGCAAUGGAAGAUGAAUUUGGUUUUGAAAUUCCCGAUGCUGAUGGCGAGAAGUUGAUGACACCGCAGGAGAUUGUUGACUACAUCGCAGACAAGAAAGAUGUUUAUGAAUAAGCAUAAAUAACCAAUAUAAAGAUAAUCCCAUCGGAUGACGAAAACCACGGAGCUUUUGUCUGGAACUGUUUAUGUUUCGGCUGUUCUUCAUCAUUCUUUAUUCUUUUUGUAUUUAGAUACAUGUUUAAAUCGGUGUUCAUAGUUUUGUUUGUGGCUGCUUGUGAUUUGCAGCUCUGCGGCACUGUCUGCUAGAUACAUGCACAAGCUCCUCGUUCCUUCAGUACAAUACAAAAAAUAAAGACUCUGAAAAGACUGUA